AUGUGGUCGACUGCUGCUUCCUGGGUUGCCAUAUUGGCUUUGAGUGCCGCCCUCACCAGAUACUACAAUCCUGAACUAUUCAGAAAACUGACCGGACAAACCCACGCCAAAACCGAGGCCAAAAUAGAGUCCACGGACAAGUCUGUCAUCAAACGACAGAAAGCAAAGCGAACACAUGCCACCAGGAUAGAGUCCAACAGUGGUGCUUCGACUCCAACGAGUGCGACUGAGAGUAUCUCAAAGAAGAGGAGGAAACUCGGUGCAGAUGAGCCAAAGAGCAAUGUAGUUCCCCAGGCGGCCCCGGUCAAGCAGGCCACUGACCUCCGUGAGGAUGACAAUGAGAUGAGCAACAAAGAUUUUGCACAACAGCUGGCAAAGGCUCAAACUGGCACAAAGCUGGAGUCAGCCAAGACCAACGGCGCCAGCAAAAAGGAGAGACGAGCAGCAAAAAAGAACUUACAAGGACAACAGAGUGGUCAAGAAACGUCUGGCUUGUCCACCGACACUUCAUCCUUUACCGGCGGGCGGGAUGCAGAUGAUGAUUUUUCUCCAGUUGGAUCUCCAUCCACUGGUCCGGUUUCGACGGCUCCAACUUCUCGAGCUGAUGACGUUUCCGAUAUGCUGGAAGCCCCUGCGGCAAAACCCACCACGUUGAGACUGACCGACAUCAAAGACAAGGUUAAGGGCCUGUCGAAGAUUGCCAGCAAACCAUUUCAACCAGUCUUGACAAAGAAGCAGAGACAACGCCAGGCCAAGCAGGCCGAGGAGAAAGCCAUGAAAGCCGAGUCAGAUCGCGUGCAUGACGCCAAGAAACAGCAACAACUUCGCACCGCCAGGACAGCUGCAGGGACGUCCAACCAAGUCAAAGCAGAUUCAUUCGCCUCCAAGCAGAACGCGUGGAAAGCUGGUGCUCCUAGCACAACCAAGUCUCAAGGUAACAGCUCGGAAGUUGCGAGCCCACCCCUUCUGGACACCUUCGAUAAGGAAGAAACAGCCAUCAGCGCAGACAAUGGCGCUGUUCAAGCUGAACCUUUAUCCAAGAUCACUAAGUCUGUGCCAGCAACCGCCAAUGUCAGCCGAGUGCGAGAAGAAGAAGGCGAAGAAAAGACGAGUGCUCUUGCUGCUUCCAGCCGAGAGAAACUCACUCGACCUCGUGUGGAGAGCCAGUCAAGCUGGGCUGAUGAAGUGAAUGAAGAAGAGCAGAACAAGUGGGCCACUGAACUUGCCGAUGAAGGCAAAUGGGAGUCGGUCACCACUAAGAAGGGAAAGAAGAAGGGCGGCAAGAAUGGCGAUACGAGCAGUGAAGCCAGCAGUUCAAUUACAAAACCGACACCCGCAACCCGUCAAACUGUCACCAAUGGCAACAAGGUGAACGGAGUGCGGCCCAAGGCCAACACAGACAAUAGCAAUCGAUUUGCGUCCAUCCAGCAAUCCAAUGACUCUUCGUUCCAGAACGAUGAAUGGGAAGCAUAG